AAGUCCGUCUCACAAAGACCUUUGGCUGGUCCUCUUCAAAUUAUCGAGUAACAAAGAGUCAAAGACCACCCUCGGUGUUUAUUAAUGCCACUCCGUUCGGCUAUAAAUCCAGCUUUGACCAAAUGUUCUUGACUAUCUGCCACGACCACCAAGCUCAGUUGUAUCACCAUUUCGUGUUUCUUCGCUGCAGAAUUUUCUGUUACUCUCUUGCUUGAAGAUCUCCAGUUGUGUUCGCAUACCCUCGGCAUCACGAAUCGUUUUCUUCCAUUCUCUACCCCUGCGAAAGCCACAGUCAGCUUUCCUUCAAGUCACAAGCCAUCUGAUCGAACCAUAUUGCACGUCAGCCAUUCACGCAAAUAAUGAAUAACAUCAAUUUCUCGCCUGGUUUCUUCCUGAAUUUCAUUGCGGAACCGAAUCCUUCCUCCGUGUCUCGGCCGCGGACGAUAUGCUGUGACAUCUCAAUAAAUUCGAUGCACACACAGUCUACCCAGUUACGCGAAUAUUACUUUCAUUCAUUCUUCAACUGUUCUUGGAUGUCUCGUCCUCCCCCUCGUGUCAUCAACUUCAACCCGGACGCACCUAUAGAACUUCAAAAGGCUACACCUCCGACACUCGCGCCUCCUCGUGUCAGCGCCAAAGUGCCCGCCGUGCAUAAGACAGAUGCUGCUGCUGCGAAAGUAGUACCGUCCCAAGGCUUGUCACAGAAACCUUGGAAAAAUAUUGCCAUAACCGAAUACGACGACGCGGAGUUCGAGGAACUGCAAGCACGGAUGGUGUUUACGUGGCCGCCCGACUUAGCAGCCUACCGAAGAGAGGUCGAGGAGAAGGGCUCGGGUGAGGUAGCAGAGUAUGUUGAUGAAAACAUUGUCCCUGAGGCCUUCUAUGGCGCUUCGCCAACUGGGUCGGGAAGCACGGACAGUUCCAUGAUCUUGACGCCAACUCAACAAGACUACGACGCCCAGACAGCCCAUGUACCAUUGGCUAUUCACCUCGAGGCGCUCGCGGAGCCUGAGGCUAGGGUCGGCGCUCUCGAGAAAGUAGUGGGGCUUCAGAGAUUGAGACGCAAAGCACCACCUCCACUCAGUCUCCGCAGCAAUACAAAACAGGUCAUCAACGAAAUCGGACGCACCCUGUUGAUCGGCGAUGAUGACUCCACUGCACGGGAGACACGGAUGCUGAGUCCAUUGACGGCAGCGAUGAAAAUCACCAGCAAGUUAUCUGCGGGGCUCCUCCGCAACAUUCAUAUCUUUCCCGAUGAACUAUUAUUCUGAUAAUCUAAUCUUCAUCUAUCACUGUAGCAUUACCCGAAUUAUUGGCAAGAGGUUCACUGUAUCUGCAUAUUCCCUAUCUUGUAGCGAUAUUAUUUUAUUUUUGAUGCCCGACGUUCGCCACUGUGAAACCGUCACAUAAAUCGCUAAUCAAAUCACUCACUGGCAGACUGUGAGAU